AAUAAAACAUGUUCAGAGCAAGUACGUCUGCGUUAGGAGGGACAAACUCUUCCGGGGGAGGAUUCACAAACCAGAUUAACAGGUCGAGUACAGUCUUAUUAGAUCAGACUUUUCACUUAACUGUUGAAGAACAUGUUUCAUGUGUUUGUUUUGUUCUGUUUGUGCUGCUGCCGUCUGAUUGGUAAGUUAUGAAAACUUUUUGAUUUGAUUGGAAUUUACAGCCCUCCCAUUGUGGAUUGUACAUUUUUCUUACUCAUAAAGAAAGAAAUUAAAUUGAACCGCUUUCAAAUCUCUGGCAUCUUUUGUUAAUAUAUAUCAAUUACAAGGGUUAUAAAUGCAAAUGCUCUCCAGCAAUUUAUUAUUGAAUUAUUAAGAAUACAACAGUAGUCAUACACAGCUACAGAAGACUUUUACAUAAGGAAAUUUACUAGUCAAUUAAGAUAAUCCAACGUAUAUAAUAAAUUAUGCCACUUCCCACAUUGCAUUUAUUGUACAUCAGAUAUGUUUAAAAUACACUAAAUACCUUCUGCUGUUUUGGAUGUUAUUCACUUUAUAUUUAAUACAAUCUACAACUGAUUUAAGGCUUUUUCAACUAAAGGGAGCUUUAAUAUGUCCAUGUUCUUCAGGUGUGUUUGGGGCUGAGACAAAUGAAACACAGUCAGUGUCAGCAAUGGAGGGAGAUUCUGUCACGCUAAUCACUGAUGUUACCGAAUGUGAAGACAGCAGGAUAGUGUGGAAAUUUGGAGCUGAAACAUCUCCAAUAGUGAACAUCAAAAUAAACAAACAGAUCAUCUCCACAUUUAAUGUUCCUGACGGGAGAUUCAGAGACAGACUGAAGCUGGAUCGUCAAACUGGAUCUCUGACCAUCACAAACAUCACAACUCAACACACUGGACGUUAUCAACUACAAAUUAGUGGACCAAAAAAAUCAACAAAAACAUUCAGCAUUUCUGUCUAUGCUCGUCUUCCGGUUCCUGUCAUCAGCAGUAACUCUUCACAAUGUUCUUCUUCAUCAUCAUCAUCAUCCUCACAGCAGAAUUGUUCACUGGUGUGUUCAGUGGUGAAUGUGGGUCAUGUGACUCUCUCCUGGUACAAAGGAAACAGUUUAUUGUCCAGCAUCAGUGUGUCUGAUCUCAGCAUCAGUCUCUCUCUACCUCUGGAGGUGGAAUAUCAGGAGAAAAACAGCUACAGCUGUGUGAUCAACAAUCCCAUCACAAACCAGACCUCACAUCUGGACAUCAGCAAACUCUGUCACACAUGUUCAGAUCAGGGCCAACCCAUGUUGUACAUAGUGCUGAUUUCUGCUGCUGGAUCUCUGUUGAUUGUAGCUGCCGUCAUUAUCUUCUGCAUUUACAAGAAAUACAGAAAAACUGAUCAAGAAGACCAAAGUUGUGAAGAAGAGAUCACUUACGUUUAUCCAACAUUCCACAAACGAAAAGGACAAUCGAAAGUUAAAGAGGAGGAUCACGUGGCGUAUGUGCCGGUCACCAUGAGAUAAUUAUAAAAGUUCAGCAUUUGUUUUUUUGUUGUUGUUGUUUUUAAGUACCAGAUCCAGCCAUGUGAUCACUUUGAAACUCUGACCUUUGAGUUUGAUGUUUUGGGUUCGUGAUAAUAGCCAAAUAUAGUAUUUACUAAAAAUGUAUAUGAUUGAUAAAUUGAUAAAACAUGAUAUAAAGUAGGUUUGAGUUUCUAUUUUUGAUCAACUAUGUAUCUGCAUCAAACAAUAUUUAUAUGUGAAUAAAAGCUCAGUGUGUAUCAACUUUCUAAAGCUUGAGGAGUUUGCUUGUAUGGACUUUAAAUGGAUGGACAAAUAUGACUAGAGAAUUAGUAAACACCUUCAUGUGUGUCCUGAAGAUGAAUGAAAAUCUUAAUGGGUUUGAAACAAUGUUAAGGAGAUUAGAUAAUGACAAUUUUAAAUUUUGGGGUGAACUAUGCCUUUGAAGUUUUCAAACUAAUUGAGUGUGAACAUCUCAAACGUAGAUGCAAAAUGAUAAUUAGAAGUAGUCAG